AUGGAGGAGUUCGAUUAUAUCAGUGAAUUUCCGGAUUGUUUGCUAACUCAGAUACUCUUAAACCUUCCGACCAAAGAUUCUGUUAAGACAAGCGUGUUAUCGAAGAGAUGGAGAAAUCUUUGGUUAAACGUUCCUGGACUUCGAUUACGCACCUUUGACUUCCCAGUCUUCCCCUAUCCUUAUGAAGAAGGCUUCGUAAGGUUUAUGGACAGAUUUAUGGAGUUUAAGUGCAGGUCACGCCUGCAAAAGUUCAUGAUAACGUAUUUCGAACACAAUGGUUAUCGAGAUCGAUUAAUGGAGUUGAUCGGUACACUGGUUGAUCGUGGAAUUCAACAUUUGUAUGUUUAUAUGCAUACUUGUAACAGAGUUGAUUUCAUACGUCAAAACAUUUACAAGAGUAAGACAUUGGUCUCUUUGAAGCUUUAUAACGUAGAGUUAAAGAAUCCAGAGUUUGUUGUUUCUCUACCUUGUCUCAAGAUCUUGAAACUGGAGAAUAUUUUUCACGGUGAGGAUGGUCCUUUGGUCGUGGAGAAGCUCAUCUCAGGAUGUCCUGUUCUUGAAGAUCUUGAGCUGAUUAGGCCUUUUGAUGAUAAUGUUGGCUAUGGCAGUCUUACGGCACCAAAGUAUUCAAGGAAUAGAGAUAUCAUCGGUGAUUUUUUAACCGUGAUAUCGAGUGUAAGACAUACGAUCAUCUGUUACUCGACUUCAAAGAUGCUUUAUUCUUACUCCAAACAACUGGGACCUAUUCCCCAAUUCCAUAACUUAUAUCAUUUGCAGGCUAGGUUCUCAAGCUCAUCGUUACAACUAUUGCCAACCUUUCUUGAGAGCUGCCCAGCCUGCCCAAAUCUGAAAAACCUAAUCAUGGAGUUUCCCUUUGAGCCUAAGAAUAUCGACUUUCACAAAGUGCCUCAGUGUUUAAUAUCGACUCUCGAGUAUGUUCAAAUUGAAGAACUGAUAUUGAAGGAGAAAAGUGGGAUUAAACUAGUGGAUUACUUUCUUGAGAAUUCAGCAGUCUUAAAGAAACUGACUCUAAGUUUCACAUAUCAUUCUAAGAAAAAGCAAGACCCUGAGAGCUACAAGAAGCUUCUUACAUCCACAAAGCUUUCUCCCACAUGUCAAAUUAUCAUCGAUUGA